AUGAUGAACAACAGUUGCAUCAGCUGGAGGAGCAAGAAGCAACGAACGGCGGCACUGUCAUUAACGGAAGCAGAGUACAUGGCGCUAUCGGAGGCUACACAAGAAGCAGUUUGGUUGAAAGUGUUCCUGUGCGAACUUGAUGAAAUGACAAGUAACCAAGCUAUUAAGAUCUUCGAGGACGACCAAGGAUCGAUUGCAUUGACCAAGAACCCAUGA